AUGAACAGAAUAACCGCGCUUCGAAGUCUUCUGCCCAAAGGACAAGUUUCCUACUACAAAGAUCAGGUAGUUUCGAUAAUAAAAUGAAUACUACUUGGCGUCAGAAAAUUUACAAAAAGGUUCUCUUAAUCAAAGCCCUAUUUCAUCCGCUAAGACAGUCAUUUCACGUCGAGCCAUUCCAAAUGCGGCCUUUUCAGGAUCACUUGUAAUAUUUUUUCAGCUUCUGAUCGUUAGAGGAGAUCGGCAGUUCUUAUUUGACAGCAACGGAAAGAAAUAUCUCGAUUUCUUCGGCGGGAUCGUCACAGUCUCCGUCGGACACUGUCAUCCGUUUGUUUUUAAUAUUUUUCUAUUUUUUUCAAACCAAAGGUAGAAUAGACUUGCCGCACUUUGAAGAAAGUUUCAAGCUUUGUUGGGUUCGUGUCAAUGAUCAAUCACAUUUGAUGGUUCUUCUUUUUAGUUUUGGAAAUCUAAAACCCGAAGAAGUUGCAUUUUAUCAGAUCGCCACGUGGAAAAGUGAGAAAUCGCACUAGACAACUGUCGAUUUUCUCAUUUCAGUGUAAAGAAAAAAGAGCAUCAAUCUAAGUUUUUCCAACCUUCCAUGAGAGCUAUUUUAAAAGAAAAAUUCGACUCGUAAAACAUGCUCGAGUCAUCUUUGAUUUGAAUGGAUCAAGGCUUAGUGACGGCGAAGCUUUUGCUUUAUAUUGUGUAUUUCCCCAAAACAUAACUGUAGAACAUUUUAUUUCGACUGUGACCAUUCCAAAUUGUUUCAAACCACGGUGAAAAACAAAGAUUUUUUGCAAUCACAGGAAAGUCAACGACGCACUGAAGGCUCAAGUCGACAAACUGUGGCACACGACCUCGAUCUACCACACAGAGCCGAUCUACGAGUACGCCCAGAAGCUCACCUCCAAGUUUGAUGACCCUCUCAAGGUUUUAUCCUGGUAAAUGAAGGUAGAUUCUGGAGAAAAGAGCAGCCGGAAAAAGCAUCUAUAUAAUCAAACUUCUUCUUUUUGAACCUUUUUUUCAUAGCCACCGCUCGAACUGGUUAAAAAGUUUCUCGGUUAUUUUUGGAUUGGAAGAGUUUUGUUGAAUUUAUUUUUGUAGUAAAAGAAUCAUUAAACUGUUAUUAAACUGAAAAUUAUUAAACUUUUAUUAAACUGAAAAACUAUUAAACUGAAAUGAAGAGAUUCAUUUUGUUAUUUUUUUAGUACUCAAAAGCACAAGGGGAGUAACUUUACCUCUCUAUUUCUCCCUUUUUUUUCAAUAUCUGGAGGUUCAAAUGUAAUAAAUGGCGAUGAACACAAAAAAGAAAGCAAAGAAAACAACUUUCUUCGACUAAAAAGCGGAAUUUCAGUCAGGUCUAUUUUAUGAGUGACAGGAAGUUCGAAAAAAAACCACCUAAGUUUUGGACUAGUUUUGGAAAUCAACCUAAUUUUUAGGUCCAAAUGUUCUCUAGAGGAGGUUUUGUGAGUCUUUGAUCGGUCAAUCUAGUUCCCAAUUCAGAUAGCUCCAAAGCAAAAACUCUGCAGGUUGUCUUUUUCGUCAACUCGGGUUCGGAGGCCAACGACUUGGCUUUGGCCUUGGCGCGUAACUACACAGGACGUUUUGACGUCAUCUCCAUGAGAAAUGGCUACCACGGGAUGACUCAGACCGUCUUGGGAGCCACUAACUUGGGUGAGUCAUCCCUUCUCUACAAAGUCAAGGUGAUCCUCUCAGGUAACUGGAAACCGACGAUUCCACACGGAUUCAACAUUUUCAAGACUCUCAACGCCGAUCCUUACCGAGGUAUUUGGGGUGGAGCAAACUGUCGUGAUGGUCCAGUUCAGGUUAGGUCUCCGGAAAAGUUCUUGAGAAUGAGUUUGUACAUUUGAAGGUGAAAAACCGACCCUGCGACUGCAGCCCAGGACAAUGCAAGGCGUCGGACAAGUACGUCGAGCAGUUCGAAGACAUGCUCCUCCACGACUUCUCCCACUCUUCCGGACCUGCCGCCUACCUCGCCGAGUCGAUACAAGGCGUCGGCGGCACUGUACAGUAUCCCAAGGGGUUUGAAGUCUGCCCUGGACGAUAGGUUGAAUGUUCGGGACGUCUCAGAUUCCUGGAAAGAGCUUACAAAGCGGUGCAGAAGCGUGGCGGCGUCGCCAUCGCCGAUGAAGUUCAGACCGGAUUCGGACGACUUGGAUCUCAUUUCUGGGGAUUCCAGUGUAUGUUUGGUUUUUUGAGUUUUUUUAAAGAUAGUACCUAUUGAAAGUUCUAAAAAAUAUUUGAAACUUAACUAACUGCGUUGCGACGGCAACUCUUUCAGGGAGACCCAUAAGUUUUAAAAUUCCGACGAAUGGAGUAUAAAUUGAUAAUUAAAUGAGUUUUAUCAUUUGCGAACUCUAAACGCCAGCGUUGUAGAAAUACUGAAAAUACCGAUGACAAGCUUUUUUUGAACAUGAUAACUGCGUCGCAAUCUUUGAGCUCUUCAUAAACUGUUAAAACUCUCUCUUUUCUUGGAAAUAGAUCAGUAUUGCAGCCCAAAAUGCUAAGCCGGACAUUGUGACAAUGGCCAAGGGAAUCGGCAAUGGAUUCCCGAUCGGAGCUGUCGUCACCACUAAAGAAGUUUGAUGAUCAAUCCAGAAAGCUCCAAUUUCACAGAUAACCUUUCAGAUUGCCGAUCCUUUCUCCAAGUCUCUGUACUUCAACACUUACGGAGGAAAUCCAUUGGCCAGUGCUGUUGGAAAAGCUGUUCUUGAGGUCUUUUUUCCAUUCAUAUGAAUUAUGAUCUUAAGCAUUUUUUUCUUCUAAUCAAAUUUUUGCAGGUCAUUGAGGAGGAGAAGCUCCAAGAUAAUUGUGCUGAAGUCGGUGAUUAUUUCUUGAAACAGCUUGCGGCGUUAGACGAACCUGCGAUUGGAGAUGUCCGAGGAAAGGUAAAGAUUCAACGAAAUCCAAGUGUUGAAUAGUGUGAGAUGACCAAUUAUUCAGGGACUGAUGAUCGGAGUUGAACUCAACGAGGCCGACGGAAAGCCUCUCGCGCCCGCCAAGUCUGCCGCAAUCUUCGAGGAAACCAAAGUGAGCAUUAACAAUUUCACUUUUGAAACUGAAAGCAAACUUAUUUUAGAAUCGCGGUCUGCUCAUCGGAAAAGGUGGAAUCUACGGCAAUGUGCUACGGAUCAAGCCGCCUAUGUGUAUAACGAAGAAGGAUGUCGACUUCGCAGUUGAUAUCAUCGCCCAGUCGAUCGCGAAAUUCAAAUAA